GCCCGACUGCUGAGCAGGAUCCCGAGCGAUCCCGACAGAGCUGAGACAGCAACAGGGAGGCUCAGGCGAAACCGUAAAUGUAACCUCCUCAAAAUCCAUCUUCAUCCGUGGAGAAUUAAUGCGUAGUCUUAACGAAAACAACGAGAGCAUAAAGUACACACUUAAACCUUUUUAACAAGCACAGUAUUACCAGAAUAUGAGGUUAGUGGUGUUUUAAAACAAACGGCGAAAGAUUGUGAGAGCUGUCUCCUUCCGGACACAACGUACAGAAGACAAUCGUCGCUCCAAGAGAUUUUAAUGUGACGGAUGUUUUGCCUAUUCUGCUUUUAAACAGUCUUGGGCUUUAGAUAAGAAUUUUUUGGGAUAUUUUAGAGCUAGCGAGCGUGCUUGCUAGCCAACCACAGAUUCCUUGUCAUGGAGUUGAGAGUAGGGAACCGAUAUAGACUGGGCAGAAAAAUUGGAAGUGGAUCAUUUGGAGACAUCUAUCUGGGUACCGACAUUUCGGCUGGAGAGGAGGUAGCCAUCAAGUUGGAAUGUGUGAAGACCAAACACCCACAGCUCCACAUAGAGAGCAAAAUCUACAAGAUGAUGCAGGGCGGAGUGGGUAUUCCGACGAUAAAGUGGUGUGGGGCCGAGGGUGACUACAAUGUGAUGGUGAUGGAGCUGCUGGGGCCCAGUCUGGAAGAUCUGUUCAACUUCUGCUCUCGAAAGUUUAGCCUCAAGACCGUCCUGCUGCUGGCUGACCAGAUG